AGAUUUAACCAUUUGACCGGUAGAUCUGAUCGCAGUAGUACAUAGCCGUUAUUGUUGUUGAGACUUUUUUGAGAUAUUUUUUACAAAUUUGACAAAACAAAAUGUCUGGACGUGGACAAGGAGGAAAGAAUAAAGCAGCGAAAUCUAGAUCCCGUUCAAAUCGUGCAGGACUCCAAUUGCCUGUAGGAAGAAUACAUAGAUUGUUACGUAAAGGAAACUAUGCUGAACGUGUUGGGCCAGGAGCUGCUGUGUAUCUUGCAGCUGUAUUGGAAUAUCUAGCAGCCGAAGUGUUGGAGUUAGCAGGUAACGCAGCCAGAGACAAUAAGAAAUCCAGAAUAAUACCUAGGCAUAUUCAACUAGCCAUAAGAAAUGACGAGGAGUUGAAUAGACUUCUAGCUGAUGUUAAUAUAGCCCAAGGUGGUGUACUGCCAAAUAUACAAGCUGUUCUAUUGCCAAAGAAAACCGGAACUAAAAGUACAGCUACAGAAGGAAAGUCGACAAAGGGUGAAUCUCAGGAUUAUUGAUAUGUAUUUUUAUUGUAAGAAUGUUUUUAUAUCAAAUAUUUGUAUCUUGUAUCAUUUUUAUACUUAAUGUUAGUUUCAUUAAUGUAUGUUUAGUCAAAUAAAGUUUUUAC